UGACGCCAUCAGAGGGCGCCGGAUGAGGGACCGGACGCGAGUUAGAGAUGGAGUCGGUGUUGGCUCUGGGCGGCCUGGUGCUGUUGCGGGACUCCGUGGAGUGGGAGGGGCGCAGUCUCUUGAAGGCGCUUGUCAAGAAGUCUGCACUGUGUGGGGAGCAGGUCCACAUCCUGGGCUGCGAAGUGAGCGAGGACGAGUUCCGUGAAGGUUUUGACUCCAGUAUCAACAGCCGGCUGAUUUACCAUGACCUCUUCAGAGAUCCUCUCAGCUGGUCACAGACUGGGGAAGCCCUUCCAGGGGGACCCCUGGGAGCCUUGCAAGCCAUGUGCAGGACAGAUCCUGGUCCUUUCACCAUCGCUCUCGAUUCACUGAGCUGGCUGCUGCUGCACCUUCCCUGUACUGCGGUCUGCCAGGAGCUCUGUGCCUUGAGCCAUCAGCACUCCCGCCCUGGUGGCAGCUGCCCGGCAGAGCCCGUGCGAGUGCUAGGCCUGCUCCAUGAAGAGCUCCAUGGCCCAGGCCCCCUGGGAGCCCUGAGCAGCCUGGCCCAGACCGAAGUGACCCUGAGUGGGGCAAUGGGCCAGGCUUCGGCCCACAUCCUCUUGCGGAGGCCCCGACAGCGCCCAGCCCAUCAGACUCAGUGGUUCUCCAUCCGGCCUGACUUCAGCCUGGAUCUCCAGGGGGGACCCCUGCUAGAGUCCCAGCCCCACCCAGAUCCUCACACACCCCCGGUGGACCCCACAGCUCAUGUGACCUUUAACCUUCACCUGUCCAAGAAAGAGAAGGAAGCCAAAGACAGCCUGACACUGCCCUUCCAGUUCAGCUCUGAAAAACAGCAGGUUCUACUGCGUCCUCGGCCUGGCCAGGCCACCAGCCACAUCUUCUAUGAGCCAGAUGCAUAUGAUGACCUGGACCAAGAAGACCCAGAUGAUGACCUGGAUGUUUGACUGGCCUGGAAUUGGAAGGGAGGAGAAAGACCUUGGACCCAUAACUAUCCUCCCAUUGUUUAUAUUGGCCUUGCCCUGUCCCUGCCCCCACCUUUGUUCUGGGGUCUUGCGAGGCCCUGCCCCAUGACCUGUGAGUCAGAGUAGCUUCCCAUCUGGACGGAAUGUGGGAAAGGGGCAUUAGGGGAAGGUGCCUAAUAAAG